AAAGAACCAAACAAGUAACGGGAAAAUGCCGCGUCCUGUAAUUUUCUUGACUGUCUGCUCAAUAAUUAUUUUUAAAUUCGCCUAUGGCUAUAAGGAGAUGCACGGACUGAAUGGAAAGCUAUUUCCAAAAGCAGCGACUUUUAAUUUUCCCGAGUACGCCUAUAAGGAGACCAGCAAGAAUGAAAUUACGUACCACGAACUGGAGGUGACUUGUGACCAGCACGCGCAGUGCAUGAACAUCGGUCCCGUGGGCGUGGCCAAGAUCAACUGCAUACGGCAGUGCAUUUCGCCAUCCUGUUACAAGGACAUCUACGCCUUCAACGAGCUGGAGGAGGGCGAAAUUGAUGCCAGGCUCAACUCCUUCAAAGGAUGCGUAAUCCAGCGCAUGUAGCAGCGACCCCAGUUGUUCAAGGAGUGCUUCAUCAUCAAAUGGUUGGAACUCACUGGGAUUACUUAUUAAAUUCAGAUAAAGGACUUGCAUUUAAAGGACCUUUGAUGGCAGCUUUUAGCUGGCUUAUGCCUUAUUUGUAAAGAAUUAAAAGAAAUAUUAAACAAAAUAUACGUUGGAGCUGC